AUGCGCCUGAAGGAAAUGAAAUGUCACUGUCUUCGCAUAUCCCCGUCAAUCAGGCUCUUUCUCUUCUUUGUCUCCGUUCUUUUACACCUCCUCCAAAACCACUUUCUUCUUUUUUUUCUUUUUAAGUCUUCUCCUCCUGCACUAAAUCUGCACCGCCAUAUUGUGAAUAUGGCGGCUUCUUUCUUUCUUUCUUUCUUUCUUUCUUUCUUUCUUUCUUUCUUUCUUUCUUUUACUUUCCCCUCUCUGGAUAUAGCAAUUUUUUCAUUUUCUAUUUUUUUUUAUUUUGACUUAUCCUGUAAUCUCCACACAUUCUUUCUUUCUAUCUUUCUUUCUUUCUUUCUUUCUUUCUUUCUUUCUUUCUUUCUUUCUUUCUUUCUUUCUUUCUUUCUUUUCACCUAUCUGCGUAUCGCCAUCUUUCAUUUUUUUUUCUUCCUUCUUUUGACUUAUCCUGUAAUCGCCAUUACAUUCUUUCUUUCUCUUUCUUUUUUUAUAUCUUUUGAUCUAUCCUGUAAUCGCUAUAUUUUCUUUUUUUUUCUUUCUUUCUUUCUUUCAUUCUUUCUUUUGACUUAUUCUGUAAUCGCCCUUCUUUCUUUUUUUCUUUUUACCUAUCUGCAUAUGGCCAGUCCUUUCUCUUUUUCCUUUCUUUUCAGCUAUUCUGUAAUCACCUUUUCUUUCUUUCUUUCUUUCUUUCUUUCUUUCUUUCUAUUUUUUCUCUAUUUUUUAUGGAGGUCCUCCUUAUCUUUCUCCUUUCCUUUCUUUUUCUUUUCCUUUCCUUUAUCCAAUCCUUCUUAUCUUUGUCUUUUUCUUUUCUUCUUUCUUUUCCUUUUCUUUAUUCUCCCUUCUUAUCUUUGUCAUUUCUUUUCUUCUUUCUUUUCCUUUUCUUUAUCUAAUUCUUCUUAUCUUUGUCCUUUCUUUUCUUCUCUCUUUUCCUUUUCUUUAUCCAAUCCUUCUUAUCUUUGUCCUUUCUUUUCUUCUCUCUUUUCCUUUUCUUUAUCCAAUCCUUCUUAUCUUUGUCCUUUCUUUUCUUCUUUCUUUUCCUUUUCUUUAUCUAAUCGUUCUUAUCUUUGUCCUUUCUUUUCUUCUUUCUUUUCCUUUUCUUUAUCCAAUCCUUCUUAUCAUUGUCCUUUCUUUUCUUCUUUCUUUUCCUUUUCUUUAUCUAAUCCUUCUUAUCUUUGUCAUUUCUUUUCUUCUCUCUUUUCCUUUUCUUUAUCUAAUCCUUCUUAUCUUUGUCCUUUCUUUUCUUCUCCCUUUUCCUUUUCUUUAUCCAAUCCUUCUUAUCUUUGUCCUUUCUUUUUUCUUCUCUUUUUUUUUUCUUUUAUCCAAUCCUUCUUCUCUUUGUCCUUUUCUUUUCUUCUUUCUUUUUUUGUUUUCUUUUUUUAUCUAAUCCUUUUUCAUUUUUUUAUCCUUUCUUUUCUUUUUUCUUUUCCUUUUCUUUAUCCAAUCCUUCUUAUCUUUGUCCUUUCUUUUCUUCUUUCUUUUCCUUUUCUUUAUCCAAUCCUUCUUAUCUUUGUCCUUUCUUUUCUUCUUUCUUUUCCUUUUCUUUAUCCAAUCCUUCUUAUCUUUGUCCUUUCUUUUCUUCUCUCUUUUCCUUUUCUUUAUCCAAUCCUUCUUAUCUUUGUCCUUUCUUUUCUUCUCUCUUUUCCUUUUCUUUAUCCAAUCCUUCUUAUCUUUGUCCUUUUUUUUUUUCUCUCUUUUCUUUUCUUUUAUCCAAUCCUUCUUAUCUUUGUCCUUUCUUUUCUUCUCUCUUUUCCCUUUUCUUUUAUCCAAUCCUUCUUAUCUUUGUCCUUUCUUUUUUCUUCUUUUUCCUUUUCUUUAUCCAAUCCUUCUUAUCUUGUCUUUUUUUCUUUUUUUCCUUUUCUUCCUUCUUUCUUUGUCCUUUUUUCUUUUCUUCUUUCUUUUCCUUUCUAA